UGUCAAAAUGUUAACCUUUGGUAGAUGUUGCAAAUUUUAAUUUUUGGAGAAAACCGGUAUUAAAAAUAACAAUAUUAAAAUGUGCGAGCCAAAAAAUUACAUACCUUUGUCGACUUACGGAACUUUAAUUGGAGCUAUAGAUCAAGGAACUUCAAGUACUCGUUUCCUGGUAUUUUCAUCUAAAACUGCAGAAGUCCUAACUUAUCAUCAAAUUCCCGUAUCUCAUAUUAUACCACAAGAAGGAUGGUUCGAACAAGACCCAAUGUUACUACUACAAACAGUGAUUGACACCAUAGAUGUUACUUGUGAUAAUCUAGACAAAUUAAAUAUUAACUUUGAAAAUAUUGCUGCAAUUGGAAUAACAAAUCAAAGAGAGACAACAGUGUUAUGGGAUAAAUUCACUGGCAAACCACUUUACAAUGCUUUAGUGUGGAUGGAUAUGAGAACAUCUAGUACUGUGGAUAAAAUUCUUCAAAAUGGAAAGCACAAACAGAAUUUCCUACAAAACAAAUGUGGACUUCCAGUCAGUACUUAUUUCAGUGCUUUAAAAAUUAGAUGGCUGAUGGAUAAUGUUCCUGAAGUUCAAGAAGCCAUAGAUGAAGGUAGAUGUUUAUUUGGAACAAUUGAUACUUGGCUAAUAUGGAACUUAACUGGAGGUGUUCGUGGUGGAGUGCACUUGACUGAUGUAACAAAUGCUUCCAGAACAAUGCUGAUGAACAUAGAAACUUUGAAAUGGGAUCCACAACUGUGCAAAGUCUUUGGAAUACCCAUGAAAAUACUGCCAGAAAUUAGAAGUUCCUCAGAAAUAUAUGGACACAUUUGGUUUGUUAGCAAACUUGUUGGUGUGCCCAUAUCUGGAGUUUUAGGUGAUCAACAGGCAGCACUGGUGGGGCAAAUGUGUUUGAAACCUGGCCAAGCAAAGAGUACUUAUGGAACUGGCUGUUUUAUACUAUACAACACAGGACCAAAUAUGGUGAGAUCUACCCAUGGCUUAUUGACAACUGUGGCAUAUCAGCUGGGUAAAAACAAGAGACCUGUUUAUGCUUUAGAAGGUUCAGUUGCAAUUGCAGGAAUAUCAAUGAAAUGGCUAAGGGACAAUUUGCAAAUAUUAGAUAAUGUAGGUGAUUCAGCAGACCUAGCACAAUCAGUGGGAAGUGUUGGAGAAGUUACAUUUGUGCCUGCUUUUUCUGGGUUAUAUGCUCCCUAUUGGAGAAAGGAUGCUAGAAGUGUGAUAUGUGGACUGACUGAAGAAACUCAACCAGGCCACUUGGUUAAAGCAGCUUUGGAAGGCAUUUGUUUUCAAGUCAGGGAUGUUCUAGAAGCUAUGACUUUAGAUUGUGGCUAUCCUCUUCAUACAAUGCUUGUAGACGGCGGGAUGACCGUCAACGAUUAUUUAAUGCAAAUGCAGGCGGAUUAUUGUGGAAUACCAGUUGUGAGACCAACAAUGUUGGAGACCACUUGUCUGGGUGCUGCCAUUGCGGCCGGAAUGGCGGCCGGUAUCCAAGUAUGGACUUUGGAUAAGAUUCAGCCAGUCCCCAGUGACACAUUCACUCCUUCAAUUAGUGAAAAUGCCAGAGACGUUAAAUACUCCAGAUGGAAGAAGGCAAUAAAAAGGAGUUUGGGUUGGGCCGUCGAAGAAGCCGAUCCAGAACGUAAAAAUUUGCCAAGAUUAAGUGAUUCGGGGGAGCCGUCUUCAGGUGACCAAAUAUUGAAGUCGGUGCCCGCCGGAUUGUUUUUGUUCGGGACGGCUGUGAUGCUGAUAGUUGCAGACCUGCUUGCCAAGAGGAAAUAAGUGCCAUUUGUGUAUUUUCAUGAAGUAGUAUUUAUCGUGAACAGCUGCAAAUAUGUAUCGAAUUGUGUUUAUUUAAUGCCAAAGAAAUGAUUCAUUUGUAUAAUUUGUCAAUCCUGCUUAAGACUGACCAUAAGGCAUUUAAUUAUUUAUUACUAGCCACGGUUAUUGUGUCAUAUUAUUUAAUGUGAUUUGUAAAAUAGAUUUUUUAUCUUUA